AUGCGAGUGUAUAACGUUGCUGCAAGACCGAUCGUGGAGAAUGUGCUAAAAGGUUAUAACGGGACUAUCUUCGCUUACGGUCAAACCGGCACUGGUAAAACUUUCACGAUGACUGGUGAUCUGGAAAGAGCGGAGUCACAGGGAAUAAUACCAAAUUCUUUUGCCCAUAUCUUCGAUCACAUCGCAAAAUGUCAGCAAGACAAAACCUUCCUCGUUCGUGUUUCCUAUCUGGAAAUCUACAACGAGGAAUUACGCGACUUGCUAGCAAAGGAUGGACACGGUUUGAAUCUCGAAAUCAAAGAAAAGGCAGAUGUUGGCGUAUAUGUUAAAAAUCUAAUCUCAAUCAUUGUUGGAAGUGCAAGUCAAAUGCAGAAACUUAUGGAAUUUGGCAACAAAAAUCGUGAGUUCUUCACCGCUUUUGCUGGAAUAAUGGCUGAACAUGGCAUGGUUACUCAGGGUAAACUCCACUUAGUCGAUUUGGCCGGCAGCGAGCGGCAAAGUAAAACUGGAGCUGCAGGCGAACGACUUAAGGAGGCAGCUAAAAUCAAUCUUUCCCUAUCCACUCUUGGUAACGUUAUCAGUGCACUUGUGGAUGUCAAAUCUACCCAUAUUCCGUACAGGGAAUUCAGCGUAUUCUUUAUCUACUUAUCCGCUAUUAUCUAUUUUAGGAACUCUAAACUUACUCGUCUUCUGCAAGACUCACUUGGUGGGAAUUCGAAGACUAUUGCUAAUAUUGGUCCUGCAUCAUAUAACUAUGACGAAACUUUGUCUACCUUACGGUAUGCUAACCGUGCCAAGAAUAUUCAAAAUGUUGCUAGAAUCAACGAGGAUCCAAAAGAUGCGCAGCUCCGAAAGGCCAUUCAUAUCGCAUUCUACAAACAAUAUUUUGAAAUCUACGUUAUAAUUAAUCACAAAUUCCGCAGGUACUCGUCUCUACAAGAAGAGGCAGCCGCAAAAACCCGUCGUUUGCGGCGUGUUUGGAGUGAAUUGUGCGAAGUCCGUACGGAACUAACUGAUUCCGAAGCAGAGCAUCAGAGAGAAGUUGAGGGUCUGCUUGAAAGCAUAAGGCAGCUGAGAAAGGUUAGAUUAGACUUAGAAUGA